GUUUGCGACUGUCAUUUUAAUCCACAUUGUUGAAACACUUGAAUGAAAAACAUGGACAAAAUAAAUACGAAUAUCACGAAAAUUGGCGUCUUGGUGCUUCUCGUGGUUAUAUAUGCAUGCGUAUCUGUAAAUGGAGCACGUUCAAACUGCAAAUUCGGGACAGACUGUGAGAAAUGCUCUAAGGGUCAUUUCAAGAUGGUACGGCUUGGCAAAAGGGAUGUAAAGGUGUGUUGCUCUGGGUGCAGCAAAUACUGCAAGGCCGGAAACAGACGUAGUGACGGAAGACCAUAUUGCACUUGCUAUUAUCCGAAAGACAUAAAGGGAGAUUGUUGGAAAGGCGAGCAAUGCGAGACCUGUUUGAAAGGACCAAACAAGGGUUACGUUGGAUACAUCAACAUUAUUCCAGUGUGUUGCGCAAAAUGUGAGAGAUCUGGCCUCAUGCUUGGAGGAGGAAAGCUGUGCAACUGUCGACAUAAUGGUCCUUGAACUUUGUAAUCAUCUUUGGGAAUCGUCACAUAAGUAGAUCAUCUGUUGUCACCUUCAAAAUAAAUGCUUUUGUGUUCCUUUAUUUGUUUCGUUUGUGCAAGUGUGUGAGUGUGUGUAUUUUGGUCGUGUACGUCCGCG